UGACUUCCCCCAUCGGUGUGUUUUUGUAAAGACUAUUUUCGGCGAAUAAAACGUGUUUGGGGACAGAGCAGUUCAAAUGGUUCUCGGAUGGAGGGCAUUUGCUUCAGCAAGAUGAAACAAUGGCGAAUGGCGAAGACUUUAUUCCGCUGGCUGCUGUGUGUCGGUAUUUUGCCGACUUGUUGGUGUGCUCAUGGAAGAUAUGCUCAGAAACUCCUAAAGGAUUUGUUCACAAACUACACUAGCGCACUGAGGCCUGUAGAGGACACAAACACCAUCCUGAAUGUAACUCUACAGGUUACACUCUCCCAGAUAAUUGACAUGGAUGAGCGAAACCAAAUUCUAACUGCAUAUUUAUGGAUACGGCAAGUGUGGUUUGAUGCACACCUUAAAUGGAAUAAAGAUGAUUAUGACGGCCUUGAUACCAUCCGCAUACCGGGUAGUUAUGUAUGGAGACCUGAUAUAGUUCUCUAUAACAGCGCAGAUGAUCAUUUCACUGGUCCCAUGGACACCAAUGUGGUGAUUCGACAUGAUGGACAGAUAAUGUGGGAUUCUCCAGCAAUCACUAAGAGCUCAUGCAAAGUGGAUGUGUCUUUCUUCCCCUUUGAUGCUCAGCAAUGCCGGUUCACCUACGGCUCCUGGACCUACAACGGUAACCAGCUUGACAUCCUUAAUGCAAUGGAGAGUGCUGACCUGGCUGACCUGGUGGAAAACGUUGAGUGGGAGGUGCUUGGUAUGCCAGCUAAGAAGAGCAUUGUUCUUUAUGGUUGCUGUGCUGACCCAUACCCAGAUGUGACCUACACACUGAAACUUAAGAGGAAAGCAUCCUUCUAUGUCUUCAACCUGCUCAUACCAUGUGUGAUGAUCUCUUUUCUGGCACCACUUGGUUUCUACCUUCCUGCUGACUCUGGAGAGAAGGUGUCAUUGGGUGUCACAGUGAUGCUGGCACUCACUGUCUUUCAGUUACUGGUUGCAGAGAUCAUGCCCCCCUCUGAGAAUGUACCACUAAUUGGAAAAUAUUACAUUGCAACAAUGACAAUGAUUACAGCCUCCACUGCUCUGACCAUAUUUGUCAUGAACAUACACCACUGUGGCCCUGAUGCCAAGCCUGUUCCCAAAUGGGCCAAGAAAGUCAUUCUGCAGUACAUGGCCAGGGUGUGCUUUGUGUAUGAAGUUGGGGAGAACUGCAUGUCACCUCAGCCAGAGAAACAGGAGCCUCCUCCUGUACAGAACACCAACUGCACCAUGAAUGGUCAGGCGGGACCGGGCAGAGAGGACUGCAUCUUCAGAAUGGAGAGAGGACAAGAGAUAGUGGGACCUAUGCCCACAGAGGAAAAAGAAGACAUGGAUCAGAUGCUGUCUCCUAUAGGCUCAAUCGGGAAGAACCCUACUAGCAACUACAGCUCUUGGAAGAAUGGCAUUUUUGCAAGCCUGGACUGUGGUGACUCAGGGGAGGGGAGGAGAUGCAGGAAGGGAGGAGUGAGUGAUGGAGAGAAAAAAGACAGAGAGAUUUCCUGCAGCAUCCAAAGCAAUGAAACACAGCUCUUGCGUAACAUAGAGUAUAUAGCCAACUGCCACAGAGAUCAGAGGGCCACGCAGAAAAGGACUGGAGAGUGGAAGAAGGUGGCCAAAGUUUUAGACCGCUUCUUCAUGUGGAUUUUUUUCAUUAUGGUGUUUUUCAUGAGCCUUCUCAUCAUGGGCAAAACCAUAUAACUGCAGACCUUUUCAGAAGGUUUGGUGACAGCAUGAAAUGCUGUUAAUAGCAUAAAGAUUAUUCCAGGUUAGGACAGGAAUAAUCCAGUAUUAUCAGAUUCUGUAAAAGUUUCUCAUAUUUCCAGGAAUGUUUGAGAUUUCAUCUCCUAUUACAAACCUUUUUGUGAGUAGAAUUAAAUCUUUGAUAAAGUUGUUGUUUAUGGACUUUCUCCCCUUGCUAUGUGAAAGUUAUUCCACUCACCCAAGAAGUGGGAAGUUCUUUUGUCAAAUCUAUAUAUUUUAUGAUAAUGAUAUUUUUUCAGUUGUUCACUAUUGAGUUCUUCUU